AUGCCUCCAGGCCGCCCAAACACCUUGAAGCGGGCCAGUGACUCCACCGGUUCUGACCAAGGCGACGGCGCUUCCACCAAGGUGAAGCUGCCGCGUCUCGAACGCGGUCCCGAGGACUUUUCCAGCGUUGUCAAGUCCAAGCUGCAAUCGUACACCCGGACAGGCCAGGCUUGCGACAGGUGCAAGAUUCGCUGCGAUGCGCUCCCCGAAGGAUGCUCCCAUUGUACCAACCAGAAUCUCGAAUGCUAUGUCACCGACCGAGUCACGGGGCGCACCGAGCGUCGAGGAUACUUGCAACAGUUAGAGCGUGAAAAGGGUGCCAUGCUGGCUCACAUACGGUCGCUGGAAAAACUGUUGGAGAACAAUGGCGUCGAGGUCAGGCCGUGGCAGUUCCCUGGGUACAACAACACCUACCCCGAAGGUAUGGUUUUUGACGCCGUGGGCAACCCUCUCAAGGACUCGUGGUCUCAGGUCGGCUUGGUGUGGGUGAAGGGAGGCCGGCAAAAACCGCCAUCGGAGCGCAGCUCGAGCACGCGAUAUCCCCUGAUCGAAGCGAGGCCUGCCAAUAACCAUCUCGGCGUGUCUUCGGACAAGGAGCCGCUGAGCUCCAUCAAGGGAACUACAUUGUCCAUCCUGGGCACAACUCUCGAUAUUACAGCCUCGUUUGACGGCCCAGACAUGGACGAACCGCCGGCGGGCACGACUUUUGGCACGCCCCUGUACAACAAAUCUGUCCAGGCCUUCUUCCAGACCUCGCUCAACAUCCAUCCCGCCCCGCCCAACGUUGAAUUGCCUUCUCGACAUGACGCCUUCACCUAUGCCGAGUGGUACUUUCUGACCCUGUCACCGUUUCUUCCCAUCUUGCACAAGCCUUCCUUUCUCCAGCUGUUGAGGCGCAUUUACGAUGAACCAAACUUCAAACCUUCAGUCCCGGAACUGGUCAUUACCCACAUGGUGUUUGCUACCAUCUAUUUCCAGUAUGGUGUUCGAAACAGAGAAAAGCCGGAGCAGUACGUUCAGCUCAACGACCUGUCCAACAAGCACUACCACUGGUGCCUCAGCAAGUUCUAUGAUCUCGCCACAACCCAGUCUGUCACGGCCGUCCAAGCUCUCGCCAUGAUGAUGUCGCACACUCGAAACUUCCCCAAGCCCGGCUGUGCUCUGACGCUGGCCAGUUUUGCCUUUAUGAAGGCAAUCGAGCUGAAUCUGCAUCGUGCGAUCAAGAUUCCCGGCGGUGGCACAACGUUGGAAAACGAAACGCGGAAACGCGUGUGGUGGGCCAUUCUGGCCUUGUAUAGCACCAUCAACGGUCGACUCGGCCGGCCGAUGCCCCUGUCUAUCCAAGAGUUCGACGUGGAAUUCCCCAUUGCGAUUCCGGAUGAGUUUCUGGGAGAAGAGGGGGUGCUGGACGAGUCCAAAGUUGGACAUUGCAACUACCAAGUUGGUCUGAUGGGAUUCAAAGUGACGCCUUUGCUGAUCGAAAUGUUUUCCAAACUGUAUGGUGCGCGGCGGGACCCAAGCACGUACGUCGACGUGGUCCGAGAAUUGGAGGAUGGAAUGCGCAACAUGCUCGACAAUCUUCCCGAGGAGCUCAACGUAGAAACGACCAAACCUGAAGCAAAGGUUUUUGCGCUUUAUACACAGGCGUUUUGUCUCGAGUUUACCUUGUGUCUGAGACAUCCUUCAGUCUGUAUGACGGACGAUCCCAAGUUUUGUGCGGAAAAUACCAGGAUAUGCGAAGAGACCGCAAAGAAGCUGCUCAAGGUGGUGUCGACGUUGCACACGCUAAAGUCCCUCGAUACGACGUGGUAUCAGCUGGCCGUGUACGUGGCCGCCAUCUUCACGCAGCUUGUUGCGCAGUGGGAGCGGCGGUUUGAGACGACGGUCUUGGAGGUUGCCAGUACCCGUGAGGAUAUGGCCACAUGGCUGGCCAUCAUUGGGGAGAUUGGGCGUUUGCUUGGUAAGCUUUUGUCUGUUUAUUGUUGGUCGACGUUGGCUAACACGAACGUAGGUACAGGGAACCGUCUGGCUACCGAAGUUGGGGUCAUCAUCGAACGCACUCUGGGCUGGAUCGAGCAGGACAUGGCCCGUAAGGAUGCCUCCUCGCAGGACAUCCAGCCACACAGCUUGAAGUCUCAACAGGACCCCAGUCAUGGCUUAUCGGCCGUCGCCAGCGGAGGGACACAACCAGACCAACAGCCCGCUCCCAUCAACGGAAACGGCUACUACGAUUCGGGUCCCGUACCCAGCUCCAGCACGCUGUAUCCGGCCCUGACGUACGCGGACCAAGGUGCUGAACAGCAAAACGGCGGUGCUGCAACGUUCGACUCGGCGGAUGGCGCGUCGUACCUCUAUGCGGCUGCGUCGGCAGCAACAGCGGCAAGCGUCUCCCCCAACGGUUCUACGCCUGUCGAGCCAACCAACCCACUGAUUGCAUUCGCAUCACAGGCAACACAACAUGUUGCCGGACAGUCAACAGACGACUGGCGUCCCCAAGCCCAAGCAUCGGCUGCUGCACAAAUGAUGGCGCACAACGCGGCAAACACAUGGCAAGACUGGACUGCCGCCAUCGCGGGCGCCGCCGGGAACAACAGCCAGGAGCGCUUCAGCGCGAGUGCGUUGCUUACUCUAGGGUCAGGCAGGCCAGGUGAUGUCCAGCUGGGCCACGUUGUCGAGGGUGUACCAACGCAGGCCGACGCCAUGGGUGUUGGAAACGUUGCCAACGCCCAUUCCGGUGCGCAAUGGCCACUGUUAUUAUUCCACGACGGCACCGGUGUGCCGGGAGGCGGUGGAGGAGGCGGCGCUUGA